AUGCCUCGUACGUCUGGUUCAUCAAAAAAAGCAGCAAAAGACCCAAAUGCACCAAAACGACCAUUAUCUGCGUUUUUUCUUUUUUCACAAGAUGAACGUCCGGAUAUAAAAAAAAAGAGUCCAUCAUUAUCAGUUGGUGAUAUUUCGAAAGAAAUUGGUGCAAGAUGGAAAAAAGUCACUGACGAUACUAAGAAACGUUAUGAACAAAAGGCUGCUGUUGAAAAACAAAAAUAUGAAGUACGUGUUGCUGAAUAUAAAAAAAGUGGUGGUGGUGGAGCUAGUAGUUCACCAGCAAAAGGUGGCAAAGGUGGAGCAAAAGCCUCAUCAAGCAAAAAGGCAUCACCAAAGAAAGGUGCAGCAAAGAAACCGGCAUCAAAAUCUAAAUCAUCGGAUGAAGAUAAUGAUGACGAUGAUGAUGAAGAUGAUGAAGAAGAUGAAGAAUAA